AAGCCACACGGAAGAUUAGCACAUUAGCUUUAGCUUCCCAUCUGUCAGAAGGUAGCUGAUGAAUAGUCUAGUUGUUUUAUUUAAACAUGUGAAUGUCUGCAGCAAAAAUGUCUUCAUUUCAGCAUCCGAGCGAGGUCAAAAACGAGCAGUUAAUUCCAGAUGAAGAAACAUUGUAUGACUUUAAAGAAAUUAUUGUCAAGACCGAGGAAGAGAUCGAUGAAUGGCGCAGACAGCUGAACUUUAACCGCGCACCCCUGAUCAUCUUACACCGAAUAGAUCACCCUGAAAAAUGUGCAUGUAAAGAGGAGGGCGUUUUAACUGAGAUCAGCAACCAGGAGGGGGAGUCCACCUUAGAUCAAAAGGACCCAAAUCCUCUGCAGAUAAAACUUGAACAAGACGAAAGAGAACAUCAACAGUUCAAAGAGGAGCAAAAGCAACUCUGCAUCAGUAACAAUGAAGAGUACCUUGUACUGAAACAGGAGACCAAUGAGGUUCUUGUAAUCCCUUCUAAUGUGCUACAAAACCCCACUGAAACUGAAUUGAACAGUAACAGAGUCAUUUCUCUAGCCUCCCUUAAAGUCGAAAACCAAGAUCAGGAAGGAAGCAGUUCCAAGGAUCUCAGCAAAACUAGAGAUGGAGGGCAGAAACAAUAUGAUAGAUGCCUUAAAACCAGAGAACAGAAAGACACUGCUGACAGUACAAAAGGAAAAACACAACUGAAAACUCCUCCUGACCAAAAUAUACAAACUGGUCAAAUUUGUGAUAAAAUUACAUCUCUAAACAGUCACUCAAAGACACACAUAACAACUGUUACAGCUGAAAAGCCUUUCUUAUGUACGACCUGUGGAAAGAGUUAUAGUAGAAAGUCUGUUUUAAGGCGUCAUGUUAAAAGCCACUCAAAUGAGAAACCUUUCACGUGUACAACCUGUGGAAAAGGUUACAAUGAAAGAAGUGGUUUGGCUUAUCACGUGAAAACUCAUACAGGUGAGAAGCGUUUUUCAUGUAUGACAUGUGGAAAAAGCUUCAUUAAUAAAUCUGAUUUGAAAUGUCACAUGAGAACUCACACAGGUGAGAAGCCUUUCUCAUGUACAACUUGUGAAAAAAAGUUCACCAAUAUAAGUAGUUUAGCUCGUCACAUGAGAACCCAUGCAGAGGAGAAGCCGUUUUUGUGUGUAACCUGUGGAAAAAGAUUUUGUGAUAAGAGUAGAUUAACUUCGCACGUUAGAAGUCAUUCGGGUGAGAAACCUUUCUCAUGUAUUGCUUGUGGAAGAAGUUUCACUCGUAAAACCUUUUUAGUAAUUCACAUGAGAUCUCACACAGGUGAGAAGCCUUUCUCAUGUACAACAUGUGGAAAGAAAUACAGUGAAAGAAAUGCUCUAACUUAUCACAUGAGAACUCACACGGGCGAGAGGCCCUUCUCGUGUUUUAAGUGUGCAAAAAGUUUUGGCCAUAAAAAUGUUUUGAGACGUCACAUGAGAACUCACACAGGUGAGAGGCCUUACACGUGUGUUACCUGUGAAAAACGUUUUAGUCAUAAAAGCCUUUUAACUAUACACACGAGAAUUCACACAGGUGAGAAGCCAUAUUCAUGUAAACUGUGUGGAAAGAGAUACAGUGAGAGAAAUGGCUUAACUUAUCACAUGCGAACUCACACAGGUGAGAAACCUUUCACAUGUUUUAAGUGUGCAAAAAGUUUUGGUCAUAAAAAUGUUUUGAGACGUCACAUGAGAACUCACACAGGUGAGAAGCCUUUCUCAUGCAUUACCUGUGCAAGAAGCUUCAGUCAUAAAAGCCUUUUAAUAAGUCACAUGAGAACUCACACAGGUGAGAAGCCAUACUCGUGUAAAACCUGUGGAAAGAGGUUCGGUGAAAGAACUAGUUUAAAUUACCACUUGAAAACUCACACCGGCGAGGGUCUUUUCUCAUGUGUGAUCUGUGAAAAAGCUUUCAUUAAAAGAUAUGAUUUAACACGUCACAUGCGAACUCACACAGGAGAGAAGCCAUUCUCAUGUGUAACCUGCGGAAAAACUUUCUGUCAAAAGGGUAAUUUAAUAUAUCACAUGAGAACUCAUACAGGUGAGAGGCCUUACCCAUGUAAACUCUGUGAAAAACGGUUCACCAGUGGAAGCAGUUUAACUGUUCAUAUGAGAACCCACACGGGUGAAAAACCUUUGUCAUGUACGACCUGUGAAAAAAGAUUUACUAGUGGAAGCGGUUUAUCUUAUCACAUGAAAACUCAUACACGUGAAAAGCCUAUUUGUAAUGUAUGAAUUAUAGUAUAGUUUAACUUUAAAAAGUCUAAAGCCUCUUUCCCAUUGCAAUAACACGUGUUUUUCAAACAGGGGUUAACCUGCUAACAAACGGCUCCCUUCCCAUUGGCAAAAAAAGCUGGGUCUAACCCCUAGCUGGAAAGUGGUGGCCUCUGUCCCCCCAUCGCUGUAUGUCUGGUGGCACCAUGAUGUGAAAGUAAACAAUGUAUAUCAACAUGCAAGGAAAACAGGGCGAAGUAAGUGUGCUUUAUUGUUUCACUCUUUUAUCUGUCCGAAUCCCUCUUACCAGCAUUUUAUUUAACAUAAAGGGAGUUAUGCUAGCUUGAUAGAUAGGAAGCGACUGGCAUAGAGUGUUGACGUCUGUACGUUGCUUUAAAUGGUGUCACUUAAAUUGGAGGGUCAACCUGGUUCUGGUGUUCCUACUGCAUGCCAAUCAGAGCCGAGGCGAUUUUAACGCUGGUCGCUUUCCCAGUCGUUUGACCCAGAUAGACACUCGUCAGUGAGCUGUUCUCUCUGCCACUAAAAGCUGAUUGGUCCAGGGUUUAAAAGGUUUUUUUUCGGCCAGUGUGAAAGGGGUGUAACUCAUCUUGAGUGGAUGCACACAGAUUCGAAGCUGUACUGGAUGUUUGUUUAAAAAAAAAAACCAUAUGGCGAAAAAUCUUAUCUAAUAUCUCACCUCGGAAAAUAUUAUGUAAUGUGAGCUUUAGGUUUAAAGAUUCUUGGUAGCUUGCUGUUCAAUAAAGGGAGAAAUAUCUGCUGGAUCACGUCUUAAAAGUUUAACAGCUUGAUAUGCAAAACAUUUAAGGUGAGUUUUUAUUCUAAUUCUUUAGUAA